AUGGACAAGGUUGAAUCGACAACAAUUGAGACUAAUCAUAAGGACUUAAUUAAUGAUGUAUCAUACGAUUUCUACGGUCGUAGGAUGGCUUCAUGUUCCGCGGACCAACGAGUAAAAGUCUACGAUUUUGAUGAAGAGAGCGAGAAUUGGAAAAUCUCGUCUGAGUGGAGAGCUGGAGAUGCGAGCCUUAUGAGAAUUGAAUGGGCUCACCCAGAAUUUGGUCAGGUCUUAGCUGUCUGUAGCUUAGACAGAGGUGUUCGAGUUUACCAGGAACAAAAGGGAGGUUUACAUACGAAAGCAUGGGUCGAGGUUGCAAAAUUAAUGGAUGCCAGAAGUGCAGUUUUAGAUAUCAGCUUUUGUCCUAUCCAGCAUGGUUGUAAACUUGCUGCAAUUUCAGCAGAUGCUACUUUGAGGAUAUAUGAAGCUCUCGAGCCUGAAAAUAUUUCUUCUUGGACUUUGAUGGAUGAGAUUAAAUUGCUCCCUUCUCCCCCUUCUCGUAAUGAACAAUCUUCCUUUUGUGUCAGUUGGUGCCCUUCUCGUUGGCGCACUCAAUGCGUUGCCGUGGGGUGUAUGGACAAAGCUUACUUAUAUACUCAAAACGCUAGUGCAAAAUGGAAGCAAAUUGCUUCCUUGCCUGGACAUGCCGAUCUCGUCCGUGACAUUGCAUGGGCGCCUUCGAUGGGACGCCUCUACCAUUUACUAGCCACAGCCAGCAAGGACGGAAAUGUACGCAUUUUCAAAGUUUCUAUUCCUUUACAACCAAACCAAACAAACUCUUUUGAAUACGAGUCUCCCGCGGAGACCACUCAUGAACCCAUAAAGGUAGAGUUGAUUGGUGAAUAUGAUAAUCACAAGUGCCAGGUUUGGAGGUGUCAGUUUAACGUUACCGGUACAAUUUUAAGCACUUCUGGUGAUGACGGUUGUAUUCGACUAUGGAAAGCUUCAUACGCUAAUCUCUUCAAAUGCAUUUCGGUAGUUUCAUUAGAAAGAAAACCGGAACGCGCUGUUUAA